AGUUAGCUGAUGGACUCAUGAAAGGACUCGGAUGGUUGCUUGUCAUUCACACAAAACCGCCGCUCCGUCUGGGUCAGAAAUAGGAGUCUGAAUGGGCUGGAAAUAAAUAAAUAAUAAUAAAACCAUAAAUAAAAAGCAUUUUUUUCAGAUCCCUGAAGUGGCAUCAUCAUCAUCUUCAUCAUCAUCAUCAGCUGUUCUGAGAGCAGCCGGUGCGCGCCGUCGUGCUCGCACCGCCUCGGGGCAGGAGGGGUUGGAGUGACGCUGCCGUCCAAUGGGCAUCGGCUUUCUCCGGACCGAGCGCAGCAUCUCCAUCUCAGCGGCACUUUUGCGCCACAGAGAAGUAAAGGAAGCUUUCUUACUCUGCACUGGAGAGGAUCAGGAAAAAAGCCCCGGGAAUCCAGGAAUUAAGGAGGCGUUCAGGACCGAGAAAGGCUCAUCUUUUCUUGUUUUCUCCUUUUCUAAACCGGCGGGUUUUUUGCAAAGAUGAAGGUCCGCUUGCUGGUCCAGUUGGUGUGCACCUUACUUGUGGGCGCAUCCUCGGGGAGUAGGACAGGCCAGCUCCAGAAAGCUUGCAGACCUGGCUUUUCCCAGAACUUCUACACGGUGAUUGUCUCAAGAGACAAGCUGCACGGUCAGAGCAUCCUCAAAGUGAAGUUUGAGGAUUGCCAGCGCAGCAGAGAGGUGGGCUUUGUCAGCAGCGAUCCAAAGUUCAGCGUGAGGCCUGAUGGGACGGUGUAUGCUGAACAGGAAGUGGCCAACCUUUCAGAGCCCGUCCAGUUCAUGCUUACAGCGAGGGGGCUGCACGAUCCCCACAUCUGGGAGACCACCGUUAAGCUGGCUCUUGCUGGACACCUUCAUCCUCUACCACUCACAAAGAUCAGCUUCGAGGAAAUGCUGUCAAGAGUGUGGGACCCCCAACCCAGGGUUAUCAAGUUUUCUCGAAGACAUCAGAGAGGCUCCUCUGCCAAUGGGCUGAGGCGACAGAAGAGAGACUGGGUCAUCCCUCCCAUCAAUGUCCCUGAAAACUCCCGAGGACCCUUCCCCCACAUGCUUGUCAGAAUCCGCUCAGAUCAGGAUAAGAAUGAUGGCAUCCGCUACAGCAUCACCGGAGCAGGUGCCGAUCAGCCGCCGAGUGGAAUCUACAACAUAGAUCCCAUCAGCGGCAACAUGUUUGUCACCCAGCCCCUGGACAGGGAGGAGAAAGCCUCCUUCCACCUGCGUGCUCAUGCAGUGGACAUGAAUGGGAACCAGGUGGAGAACCCAGUUGAUCUGUACAUCUACGUGAUUGACAUGAACGACAACAGGCCUGAGUUUCAGAACCAGGUUUAUAACGGCUCUGUGGCCGAAGGCUCCAAACCCGGUUCUUCUGUGAUGCAGGUGACAGCAACAGACUCUGACGAUUCCACCACCGCUAACGGCAUGGUGCGCUACCGCAUCCUGUCUCAGAUCCCCGAGACUCCGAUCUCCAACAUGUUCACCAUCAACAGCGAGACUGGAGACAUCGUUACGGUGGCUGCCGGCCUGGACCGAGAGGUCAGUGCUCCCUGGGUGUUCAUGACUUUAUCACCCUGCUGCUUGUUAAAACUUUUACAAAGAUCCAGUCGUUUUCGCAGCUGCAGAUAUCGCUCCGAAAUUAUCGCAUUCCAACAUGACUUAUGAUAAACUUUUGCUGCCACAUUGUUACUAUAUGUGAAAUCUUUCAUGUAAUUGCAAAAAAGUGGACCCAGUGAAUAAAACUCAAGUCACUAAUUCAGUGCUUUAUUUAAUCUAGCUGGCUGCUUUCUGCAAUUCUGGUUCAAAGGAACAGUUGUUGCUGUUGGACUCCACGCUGACAUGUUUCUGUGUGAUGCAGAAAAAAGUAAUCAAUAUAAAAUCUGAGAAGAACACCAAUAAGACCUAAAGUUUGUUACUCAGUCCAACAUUAGAAAAGCUACAAAUAAAUCAGAAUCGCAGUAACGUCUCGUAAACAACCUUUACAGACAUUUCAAGUAGACAUAAUUAAGUUUACAAUGAAACCAGUGAGGAGCACAGUCUUUGAGCUGUUUCUGUGUUAUUAACAGCUUAUAAUAAUUUUAUUUAAUGUAAUUGCAUGUAAGACUUUGACUUUGAGAAACAGUUUAGUUCCGUUUUUUAAAAAACUGUCAGUUUAGAAACAUAUUUUUACACACAAAUGAGAUAAAAUCCCCUUUUUCUGAUGUUUUUAUGAAAGAAAUGUUGACUUGUUGGAUUUCUGAGUUUCUAUCUUGAUGAAGAUCUCACCUGCCUUCUACCUGAUUUGGUGUGGAAUAAAGAUUUUCACUCGAUCAGACAACAUGAAUUGUUGAAGGACAUAGGUGUUGUCAUUCAGCUCCACACCUGCGAAAGGUGUAAUCAUCUAACAAUGAGAAAAGAUAAAUACAUUAUCAUUAAUGUCUUGAUAUCACAUUACUGGACAGAGCUAUGCAAAAUCCAAAAAUGUCAUUUCUUAUUUCUAAGAGGAAAAAAAAGAUUAAUUAUAGAUUUUUUUUGUAAUUUGGAUGAGAAUGAGUUAAUUUAGCUACAAGCACAAGUGUUCCCAGAAUAAAAGGUUUGGAAAAGUUGGCAAAUCCCAUAUAUACUAAUUUCUCUGUUAAUUAAUGGAUUAUUCAAAUACUAGACUCAAGCAUUCAACAGCUGCUGUCUCAAAAUAGAAAAUUUCAUCUGAAAACUUAACAAUUCAUUAACAACUGUAAAAUCUAAAUUUCACAAAAUUCCCUCAGUAAACAGCCACAUUUGAAGGAUUUUAAAUUUAUUUUUUAAGAGAUAUUCUAUUCUUAUCUCAGCGUGAGGAGCCGAGAUAAUGGCCGCGUAAAUCCAGCAACUCUGCUGGUCAAGUCACGAGAGGCUUCUUUUUAUCAUUCUCCUCUGGCUCAUCCACGACUUAUGUGUCUGUUGCUUUCUGAGGUUGUUUGCCAACCCACACAACGCACGCUGUCCCUGCUCCGUCUUCCAUCUCAUCCUGCUAAUGAGGGAGGUCACUGGGGUCAACUUUUGUUUAUCCCAAGCCGGGUCUGGUUACUGUGGGCAGCCGUGCUCGCCGUGUAGCCUCUCUCUCUCUCUCUCUCUCUCUCUCUCUCUCUCUCUCUCUCUCUCUCUCUCUCUCUCUCUCUCUCUCUCUCUCUCUCUCUCUCUCUCUGCCUCUCUCUCUCUCUCUCUCUCUGCCUCUCUCUCUCUGUCUCUCUCUCUCUCUCUCUCUGCCUCUCUCUCUCUCUCUCUCUCUCUCUCUCUCUCUCUCUCUCUCUCUCUCUCUCUCUCUCUCUCUCUCUCUCUCUCUCUCUCUCUCUGUCUGCCUCCCUGUCUG